AUUCCAUGGCAUCUCCUCAGGGGUGUACAAAAGCAUGGAGAAAUAACAACAGCAAGGGGCUCCACCCUUCCAAUUCUUUAUUUGUGCUUCUAACUCUGGCGGGUGGUCAUGGGGACGGCCAAGAACAAUCACUUCACACUGAAACUUCCUCUCCUAGACAAACUGAAGACACCCAAAAACUACGCACAGCCUGAGGUUCUGCGUCACACCUUUGAGACUCUGUCCAACCUUCACAGACUGCUGCCAAACCAUCUGAUGGAGACACUUUAUUCCUACAAGAGGGAAGAGGACAAACAAAAUUGUCAGAAUUCUGAAUUCUCUGGCUUAGAAAGGAUCUUAGCAAGACAUGAGUUUCCAAAAGAGAUUAAUAUGACCCCAAAGCCAAGUAGCAUGCCCCUGUGGAAAAGAAAAUCCAUCAAUAAUGCAAAUCACGGGUGGAAGAAAUGCCUCUUGUGGAAUAAAAACAUGGAGGAACCUCCGAUGUCAACCAUACUUGUCAGGUGGUUGAAAAAGAACAUGCAACCCACCGAAGACCUUCAGUCAGUGAUCCAGAGGCUGUCGGUGUUUGGGCCUAUUAAGUCCGUCACCCUCUGUGGACGGCAAAGUGCUAUCGUGGUGUUCAAAAACAUGACUUCAGCUUGCAAUGCUGUGAAUGCUUUUCAAAGCAUGACCCCAGGCACAAUGUUUCAUUGCUCCUGGCAACAGAGAUUCAUGUGGAAAGACCAAGCUUAUUCAAGAAGAUGUACUGAGAAGUCACAGCCUAAGGAGGAUUAAGUGGGAAAGCGAAAGAAAACGCCAACCGUAGCUAAAGGGCCACAGACAGGAUGUGAAGAACUGACAGGCAGAUGUGAAACCACCCACUGUCAUCCGGAACACUGAAAAAGCUCCAGAGAGAAAGAUGUGGGAGGUGAUACCCAUGAGGAAGUGCCAGAUAAGACAUCAGUGUGGGAGAGAAUGAUGAAGAGGGUUGAUAUUUACGGAUACACAGACACUGAAAAAAAAAUAUGGACUUGACAUAAUAUGAAAGUUGCAGUGCUUUUGGGACACACAGAACCUACCCAAAGCCAACAAAUUCUAACUAACAAAUGCCCAACUCAGUUGUAUGAAGAAGUGGGCACCAUUACUAAUCCUCUUGCAUAAAUCAAACAAGAGAUCACAAAAAUAGCAAUGAUGCUGAAACAUUCUAGCUGUUCAGUGAAACAGACAGAGGGAGGAAAGAAAAGCAGGACAAACUCCCAGGGCAGGUCA